AUGAAGUUAAUCACUUUUUUCGCCUUGUUUUUCUUGCUACAAAGCACUACUAUUUUUUCUUUUGUUGUUGCAGAUUAUUCUAUAGCAACAUCACAAUAUGGUGGUAACACUCCUCCACCUGUUACUAGUCAACCACCACCUUCUCAUGGCUAUCAACCGCCUAGUGCUCCAAGUACACCACCUCCGGGGCAUGCCCACCCACCACAUUCUCAUGGUCAUGUACCACCAUCUGUUGGUAGUCCUCCAAUGAUUUCUUCACCUAAUCCCCCACCAUUGUAUGGUUCUCCCCCACCCUCUCAUGGUGGCGGCCAUCCACCAUCUCAUGGGCACAAACCACCUUCUAAAGAACAUGCGCCACCUGGAGGAUAUCAUCCACCUAGCCAUCAUCAACCUUCACCCCCAAGUCAUCCUCCACCAUCAACACCAACACCAACUUACUCUCCUCCUCCUCAAGUGCAACCUCCACCACCUCCAUAUUCACAACCAUCGCCGUCACAUGGAUAUACUCCACCUCCUGAAAGGCACACACCACCUAGAGGACAUCAUCCACCAAGCCAUCAUCAACCUUCACCCCCAAGUCAUCAUGGACAUUAUCCACCACCAACACCAAUUUACUCCCCUCCUCCUCAAAUGCAACCUCCACCACCUCCUAAAAGGCACACACCACCUGGAAGACAUAAUCCACCAAGCCAUCAUCAACCUUCACCUCCCAGUCAUCAUGGACAUCCUCCCCCUAAACAUUUACAACCCCCACCAACUCCAAUUUACUCGCCUCCUCCUCAAGUGCAACCUUCACCUCCGUCUUAUUCACCUACAUACUCACCGCCAUCACGCUCCCCACCUUCACAUGGACAUGCACCACCUCCUAAAGGGCAUAAGCCACCUGGAGGACAUCAUCCGCCUUCACCUCCGAGCCAUCAUGGACAUCCUCCACCAACGUACUCGCCUCCUCUACCAACAUACUCGCCGCCACCACCUCCGCUAACAUACUCUUCUCCCCCUGCACCAACGUACUCCCCUCCUCCACCUACACAUUCUCCAUCACCACCUCCGCCAACGUACUCUCCUCCUCCACCUGCACAAUCACCACCACCUCCACCAACAUAUUCCCCUCCUCCACCUGUACAAUCACAACCACCUCCACCAUCAUACUCUCCUCCUCCACCUGCACAAUCACCACCACCUCCACCAUCAUACUCCCCUCCUCCACCCGCACAAUCACCACCACCUCCACCCAUAUAUUCCCCUCCUCCACCUUCACAAUCACCACCACCUCCACCAAUAUAUUCCCCUCCUCCACCUGUACAAUCACCACCACCUCCACCAACAUACUCACAACCGCCACCACCAGUUUACUCGCCUCCACCACCAUCAUCCCCUCCUCCAUCUACAUAUUCACCACCACCACUGACUUCUCAUCCUCCACCGCCAACACAUUCGCCUCCUCCCCCUGCUUACUCUCCACCACCACCACCGACUACAUAUUCCCCCCCUUCUCCUCCAUAUGGUCUUUCACUAAGAACUCCAUAGCACUGUUCACCUGACCAGCAAGUCAGCCACUUUUUAUGCACCAUGGCCUAUCGCCACCACGUAUCUCAAAUACACCAUAAGAGUUGCAUUAGGUUACUAGUUGCUUUUUAGAUUAAUAAAAAUGGUAUGCUUUGUUUCUCAUGUUGUCUCACUAAAGCAGUUAUAUAGU